AAUGCCAUUGCAAAUUUGCAAUUCUAUAAACCCUAAACAGUAGCUAAAACCCCCAAAUCAUUUUCAGAUAGAAAAUGGAGCUCUGUACUUCCACAAAUAAUCUCAAAUCUUUAACAUUUUACACAAAAAUUAACCCUCAAAUGAACUUCACUCUCCCUUUGAAACCCAACACAGUUAAUCCAGGUUUACGCUCUUUUAAGUAUACUGCUAUAAAAGCUACAUCUUCUGAGGAAACGUCAAGUGGUGCAAACCAGUAUGUUAAAGAAGAACCAGAAGUAGUCAGAUACUCGUCUGUGGAAUCAACGGUUCCUGUGGAAACGUCAAACCAGUAUGAUAAAGAAGAAUCAGAAGUAGUCAACUACUCGUCUGUGGAAUCAGUGGUUCCUGAAGAAACGUCAAAUGGGGAUAAGUGGAAUGCUAAAGAGGAAUCUGAUGGAGUAGUGACUGAUGAAGAAACUCAAACCGAGGGUAAUAGCCGGCUUGGUGGAUUUAGUUUGUUUAAAGAUGAUGCUGUGACGGAUGAUCAAUCUCUGCAGUUUGAUUUUCUGGAUAAGCUCAAAGUUGAGUUGGAUCUUCAAGAUUCCUUUUCAAUUGCUUUACUUAGUGUAGGAGGUGUUGCAGCGUUGUGGUUAACUGCAUCCAUUGUUGGAGCCAUUGAUCGUAUACCUUUGUUCCCUAAGUUGCUGGAAGUGGUGGGUCUUGGCUACACUAUCUGGUUCAGCACACGCUACCUGCUUUUUAAGAGAAACAGAGAUGAAUUGGUGUCAAAGGUUGAAGAGAUUAAGCAACAAGUUUUAGGACCAAAGAAUUAACAUGUGAGAUUACUGCAAUCAUCGUUUUAUAUCAGUCUUUAUUAGCUUUUAGCACUAGUAAUAUGCUUAUCUGUGAAUAAUACCGACUUUGACUCUGUCUCUUUUUAUUAUGGUUGAAUAUGCAGAAAUUGAGUUCGCUUUUUCUUUUUC